UACUUCAACCAACACAUGCCAAGCCUAGCCCAGCCUCAAACAUUUAGCCAUGUCAUUAAUUGCUCAACCGUUUCUUCCUAACUAUCAUCCUCCUUCUUCAACUCCAUGAGCUCUCUCUGUUCUUCAAAGCUAUAAAACUCUCUCCAGCUCCCCCAUCCCCGCCUGCAGGAGAUCUAGAUUCACAAAUCCUCUCUGGGCUUUCCAAUCUAAUCCCCAAAAACCAAAACCCAUUUCUCAGAGAACUCAAACACUCUGCAUCAUGGAGAUCUGUUCCAUGGCGCAACUCAAAUCUCAACCCCUCUGCCUCCUUCUACUACUAGCUCUCGGUUCUUUAUCACUUCUGAAGUGUUCUUUAGCUUUUCUCAAAUGGGUCUACGUUAAUUUCCUCAGACCUCCCAAGAAUCUGAAGAAAUACGGGUCCUGGGCACUCGUUACGGGACCCACCGACGGUAUUGGCAAGGGUUUCGCCUUCGAAUUGGCUCGUAAAGGUCUGAAUUUGAUUCUCGUUGGUCGAAAUCCCGAGAAACUCAAGGAGGUUUCGGAGUCGAUCGGAGCCAAAUUCGGGAAAACCCAGGUCAAGACUGUGGUUGUUGAUUUCUCUGGAGAUUUGAACGAAGGGGUUAAUCGGAUUCGUGAAACCAUUGAAGGUCUGGAUGUUGGAGUUCUGAUCAAUAAUGUUGGAGUUUCCUAUCCUUAUGCUAGGUUUUUCCAUGAGGUGGACGAGCAAUUGUUGGCUGAUUUGAUUAAAAUCAAUGUUGAAGGGACUACUAAGGUUACACAAGCGGUUUUGCCUGGGAUGAUUAAGAGGAAGAGAGGUGCGAUUGUUAAUAUUGGUUCUGGUGCCGCCAUUGUCAUCCCUUCUGAUCCACUUUAUGCUGUAUAUGCAGCCACCAAAGCAUACAUUGAUCAAUUCUCAAGGUGCCUUUAUGUGGAGUACAAGAAGAAUGGGAUCGAUGUGCAGUGUCAGGUGCCCUUGUACGUGGCAACGAAGAUGGCCUCUAUCAGAAGGUCCUCCUUCUUUGUUCCAUCGACAGAUGGUUAUGCUAAGGCUGCAAUGCGCUGGAUAGGCUAUGAACCACGUUGCACUCCUUACUGGCCCCAUACUGUUCUGUGGGCGCUGGCCCACUCUUUGCCUGAGUCCGUUGUUGAUGCUUGGCGUCUAAGGUUCUGCCUUGCAAUCCGAAAGAAGGGACAACUCAAAGACUCUAGGAAGAAGGAAUAGACAAGCAUUCUUCUCUCCUUCUGUUUAUCUACUUCCCUUUUUAUUAUUUGAUAUCUGUCUCAGAAUCAGAAGUUGCGAAGAUUUGGACUAGUAGGAUAGGCUGUUUGGGAGGUUAAUUUGAUUCCAAAACGUAGACUCUUUUGUGCCAUAAUGCUUCAAUUUAUAUCGUUUCAUGUGCUCUGUCAAUUUUAAUCUAAUGUGUUGUUCUUUACAAUUUCAA